CCGAAGUGGUAAAAUAUCUCAACGAGCUUAGUGAUCAAACAUUCAAAUUAGGUGAAACAGUCGAAAAAAUGUAUCCUACGGGAGAAUCUGCUCUUAGAGAACUUGGGAUGGAAUUAACUUUUAUUAUCGAAAAGAUUCAACCAGAUCAAAUUCUCACGCGAAAAAAUGAAUUAUAUUUUGAGAAACGUUAUAGAAGGAUUUUAAAUGUUGUCACCAGAUUACGAGAUCAAUUUCAAAAAGUUAUUAAUGAACUUGAUGAGCUUUCUAUUAUUUAUAGUGGAGCGAGGCAUCAAUUAGAGAAUGGAAUGAAUGACGUAGAGGCUUUUUUCAACAAUAUUGCUCCGAUUUUUGCUCAAAUAUAUGAUACUGGACGAAUAGCACGUGAUCUUGGAUAUUUGAAACGAAUUAUAGAAAAAGUUCCUAACACUCGUAAUCAGAUCAAUUAUCUUUUAUCUGAAUUUAAUCAGUAUCGACAAGUGCUAAUUUGGUAUUGCGAUGAAUGGAUUCAUUUGCAAAGACGAAAGCUGGUUUCUCUUGAAGAUAUUGAGAAUUUGAAGGUAAUGGCUCAGGGAACAGAUAACGCGGCUGAAAUCUUUAAGAAGAAAGUUAAUGAUAAUGUUGAUUUAGUAAUUUAUGCACCUGAUCGUUAUCAACCACCUUCUUGUAACUGGGAAUAUUUAAAAUGG